GGCAGUUGUUUGUGUGACGUACUGCAAACGUCACAAAAUCAAAAUGGCUACCAAAUCGACAGAUGAGACUAAUGAGAAUAAUGUUUUUAUGGCGUAUGGACUAUGGUCUGCCGAUUAAAUAUGCCAACGAACUAAAUUUCGAUUAGAAAUAAUCGAAAACGUCUUCCUUUGUCAAUGUCAAAGAUAGUAGAUUUGAAUAACCAGUUUCACUUCUGAGGAAUAGCAAGAAACUGUGAGUCAUCUGUUAGACAUGCCGAGCAGUGAACAAGUACAGACUCUUUACGGGAUACCGAUGAGGCAACAAAACCUUACCCUUUUCAAGAUCAAGAAGAAUGGUGAAACCACCACACAGAUAUCCAUACAAAUCUGUCGAAGCUCAGGAAAAAACAAAUUUUUUGGGAAGAACACUCCAGUGAAAGGCUGCCACUGUCAUUUGAUGGGGUACCAUUCAUGAUCCUAGGUAGGGAGGUGCGGGAAUGCUGCCAUGGUCCGGACAGGCACCGAGCAGAGAAAAUAAAGCCAACCCAAACAAGGAAUUUAGGAAAGGCUGACCAUGCGUAUAGUGCACAAGGGCGGAAAUUAAUCCAGACAACAACAAAAAUGAAUUGUCCAGCUGCUAUUCAUGUGAGGUCCAUUUUGCGUUUCCCAUCUUAUAAGACUGAACACAACUCUGAAUGGGCCAGAAGAAAACAGAGCAAGAAUCUUCGUGCUGAUCUCAAUGAUGAAUCAAAGGAAGUUUCGUUUCAGCACUAUAUGUAUAUUGCACUCCCAGACACAGAGGCUCACAAGAACCAUCUCACUGAAGAGGUUGGUGCUAUGACCCAUCAUGCUGACAAAAAAGUCAUAGACAAAAUUCAUUGUCUGGUGGCCGAGGGUGUAAGGGACGUUGCUGAAAUGAAGAGGCACAUUUAUUCUUUUUCAAAGACAAACUUCCCUUUAGUACCCGAGACAAGCAACCGGUUUUAUCCUUCCAACAAGUGUCUUCGAAAUCAUAUGUAUUCUUCACUCAGCUUAUCUCAAUUUUCAAUGGAGGAUCAAGAAAACCUGAAGCAGAAUAUUGUAAAGUGGAGGAAUGAAGAACCUGAUGAUAAUUUUUUCUUUGUACCAAGCCCUAAAGAUGAUGAAGGGGAGGACUUUUUAUUUGUUUGCCAAACUGCAUGGCAAAGGAGACUUUUGUCAAUAUAUGGCAAUGAAAUCUGCUUGAUGGAUGCCACAUAUGGCAUAUGUAAAAGUGAGAUAGCUUUGUACUUUAUUUGUGUUUCUACAAAUAUUGGAUACAUAACAGUGGGAUGCUUUAUUUUACCCUCUGAGACAAUUAAGAACAUUACCAGAGGCCUCGAUGUAUUGAAGCAGUGGAAUCCAGACUGGACACCAACCUUUUUCAUGACUGAUUAUGAUGAAAAAGAGAUAGCAGCCAUAGAGAUAACAUUUCCAGGUUGUUUCACGUUUUUAUGCGACUUUCACCGUGAGCAGUCCUGGGGGCGUUGGUUGACAUCAAACACGAACAGCCAACAGAAAAAGGAGAUGCGGGAGAUCACUAAUGCAGACAGUGAGCUAAUGUAUACAGACGCCGUUGAAUCCUUGAAGGAAUCUCAGCACUGGCAGAAGAAUCAAAGGCUGCGUAUUUGGUUCGAAAAACAGUGGUUGUCAGCUUCUAAAAGAUGGGUCCGCUACCACAGACAAUCUCUAACAAAUGUUAGAGUCACUACAACCAAUGGAUUAGAAAGGCAGCAUUACCAGUUGAAACAACAUUAUCUUAAGAACUACACAGCAGGCACAGUGACCAGUCUGACUACAACAGUUGUGAAACAGUUUGUACCCGAUAGUUACAAAAGGUACGUUGAAUACAAUGUGAAAUGUCUGGACUCAAGUCGUAGGUACUCUGAAGAUUUGCCCAGAUUUUUACAUAAUCGUCCACGACUUUUCCUUGAUCAUUGUACUCAACGCCUUCCAUCAGCCAUCUCUAUGCCAGUCUCAAACAUAUCUGUACUUCCACACCAAAAGUUCACUGUUUUAAGUGCAGACAGCAAUGCUACAUACUUGCUUGACCUUAGCGGUUCUUUGCCUAGUUGUUCCUGUCCUGACUGGAAAAAGAACCAUCUGCCCUGCAAACACAUGCUUUGCAUUUUGCUCAAGGUGCCUGGUAGUGGAUGGGAAACACUAAGUGAAGAGUUCAAGAACUCGCCACACUUGAAUAUUGAUAUGGAUUUGUUCUCCUCUGUUACAAGAGACAAAAAGCAGGAUGGUUUGAUGGACUCAUGUUGCUCAGACUCUCCACCUACCCCUAAAGCCACAACAUGUCAGAAGCAUAAAGUGACUGUAGGUGUCGGCUCAAGGUGUAAAGUGCUUGCAUCUUCUUUGAAAAGUAUGCUCUACUUAGUUCAAACAGCUUCUGAUUAUGAGUCCAUAUACGCAGACUUGAUGUUGCUUCAUUCCAAAGUAAGGGCUUUGGUCCCAAAGGAAUCUGGACUCUUGAGAAGACCACCUCGACUUGGUCGAAAAAGUAACACAUGCAAGCAUGGGCUUCUCAAGACUAGGAGAAAGUACAGAAGAACCCGUUUAAAAAAAACAACAUUUGUAAAAGGUGAAAAAGUACCUGAUGUGGGAUGCCCACGUAUUGUGCCACAAGAUACCACAGUACCGGUAUGUCAUGAGGACAUUGUUCCUGAUCAAGCAGAACCAGUUGGAAAAAUGUUGCCUGUCCCUGCCAGCUCUAAAGGUUCUACAAGAAAAAUAUCAUUUCAACCUACAGAUAUUUCAGUUGCAGAUGUGUCGGCAACAACUUCUGCUGACAGUUCCAGUGAUAUGCGAACCAUUAUUGAGUCCAAAACUAAACAAGUGUUGAGAGAAGUUUUGGAAAAUCAACCAACUGGAAGACUUCUAUUCCAAAUAGGGCCUUACACUAUAACUGACCACAGCAUACAUUUUCUCAACAGCACCUUGUCAGACGAGGUCAUUGAUGUAUUUCUUCAUCUGAUGCCCAAGAAAAAUGUGUAUCACAUAGAUUCCAUCAAUAUGACCAGUAUUUUUGAGGGAGAUCAGGAGUCUACAGGUUUCUUAAACAAGAUACCCUUGCAUCAGUAUGAUGCUUUGAUUGGUGCAGUCAAUGAAAAUCAGGUUCAUUGGGUUCUAAUGAUCGUAGUUCCAGAUGCAAAAUGUUUGGUGUACAUAAAUCCUAUGGGUGAGCCCAGAUCCAAAUGUGACAAGUACAGAAACAGAUGGACAGCAUUUCUGCGUGAAAGGUCCAGAAGGCACAUAGGACAAGACGCUCUGACCCAUGACGGAUGGGAAGUCCAGACAGUGCCACAUGACAAACAAACUGAUGGAUCAUCAUGUGGAGUUUAUGUGAUAAGGUUUGCAGACCUGUACUUGUCUGGUGAAGAAAUGGACAGAUGUUGGACUAGUCAAGACAUAAAGAAGGAGAGGCUUCGGUUACGGCUCAAGCUUCUCUCAUUAGGGAUAAAUGCAGAGGUGCCACUGCAGGAUCCUAGCAGACUUGAAGUGAAACAGGCUUUGGAUGAAUUCUCAGAGUCCCCAAGGGAAGGCCUUGACAUGACUGCACGAAUGAACCAGACCACCAACGAUGUGGAUCUCCCUGACCUUGAGGUGCCAGUAGCCCCAGUUGAAUGGAGCUCUUUAGAGAGUGAGCAGGAUCAAGAGAGCAUCAUGGAGAAACACCAGAGAAAGGGGAAUUUAAGGCAAAAAAGACCAAAGGAUGUGCUUUCAAAGAAAGGUCAAAAAAGGUUGCAAAAAAUUAAAGAAAAGAAUGAAACCCUAGUACAGUUCCUGUUGUCUAAGGAAGUCAAGGCAUACCUACUGAAAAUUAUGCAAGGCAAACCGGCAAGCAAUCUUCACACUAUCUCCACUGGGAUGUCACAGAGAGCCAGGAGAGCAAUAAAACACAGUGGAUUUGGUCCUAUUGAUGAUGAUGAACAGGCAAUCAUGAUGUUUUACAAGAAGAAAGGGUACUCGAAAGCAAAAGCAGAGGAAAUGUUCAACAAAGGUGUGACGCGCACUAAGGAGGAGAUGGAGGUCAUCAUGCACAGGGAGUUUAAGAGUUAUCGAAAGUACAAACCAAAGUGAAUCAAUUUACAUGAUUUAUGUCGUAAUUUCGCUUUUUUACGGACACUGGAACUCGACGAGGAUUUGAACCAGUUAGUACUGUCAAACCUCACGCCGGCCAGGCACCAAAAAUAUUUCAGGAAUGUUGUUCAUGCAUUGUUUUCAGUGAAAUCAUUUUACUUUUAUCAAUGCAAAGGAAAUCAGUUUCUUACAUUUCAAAAAUGUAUUUUUUGUCUCUGCUCAAUGACAUAUUAUCUAUUUUUCGGCAAGAAAUUUGAUUUUUUCUUAAAUCGUUUGAGUGGUUGAUAUGAAAAUAAAAACCAUGCACAAUUGUCUACCAUAUGAUUCAAAUUUAAUUGUUGAUUAUUGUUUACCAAAACAAUGUUAUCUUCCUCUGAAUGUAUAUGUAAGUUAUCCUCCUUUGCUAUCUUCCUCUGUGUGUGUGUGUGUGCGCGUGUGUGUGUAUGUGUGCGUGCGCGCGCGCGUGCGUGUGUGUGUGUGUUCCACGAUGUGUGUGUGCGCGUGUGUGUGUAUGUGUGCGUGCGUGCGUGCGUGUGUGUGUUCCACGAUGUGUGUGUGUGUGUGUGUUCUCUGUGUUUUAUCUAUGUGUAAAUAUCUUCCUCUGUUUGUGUGUGUGUGUGUGUUAUCUUCCGCGAUGUGUGUGCGUGUGUGUGUGUUGUGCGUUAGUGGGAGUGUAUAUAUGGGUGUGUGUGUGUGUCUCCAUCUUUGCCUGCUCUUGUGCAUGCUUCUUCUACCUGUCUAACUGGAGGUGUAUGAUCUAUCCCUCCGUUUUCCCUUUUAGUGUGUCUGCUCUAUCUAUUUCUAUUCAUUCAUUUUUUUCUCUCCCUCUCUUCCUCUGUCUCAUAUUAGCAUUCACAGUCCAUUGUAUAUGUUAUAAUUUGAUACCUGAUUGUAUAAAUAUUAUGUAUAAAACCAAUAAAAUGAUAUAAUUUUGUA